AUGGAUCAACAACUAGAUGAACAACUUUUCGUUAUUAUCGAUAAAAUUUUCAUUAAAAUUUUUCUAGUUCAAUUUAUAAUUUCUAUCGCUGGAAUCAUCAUAAAUAUUUCUCAUGUAUUCAUAUUAACCAGAAGCUCUAUGCGAACUUCAAGUACAAAUUCCCUUAUGAUUGGAAUUGCGUUAUGUGAUGUUAUUUUCUUAACGGCAAAUUUAAAUGAUUUGGUACGGAAGUAUUGGAUUUCUAAUAAUAUUUGCAUCAAUAUCGAAUCAUAUUUAUUUGUUGUGAGCCGCCAAUGGAUUUUUGAUUUUUUGAGUGACGUUUCUGAAAAGUCAUCCUUCUCAUUUGGUGUAAUUCUUGCAUUAAUUCGUCUAGUUAUAAUGAAAACUACUGGGCGGUUUGAGAACUUCGCAAAACCUAUCACAGGUUGUCUUUUGUCUCUAAUGAUUUUGAUUUUGCUCACAUUGGCAUCUGGUAUUUACUAUGUGCAAUUUUACAUUCAAACGUCAAGUUUUUGGAAGCCACCAAAAAAGUGCACAGGAUAUGCAGCAAAACACACAUAGUCAAUUUAUUCCCGGGAAAUUGAAAAUAGUGAAUUGCCAGCCCCAAUAAACAUACUAUACCCAAUUUUGGCAUUGUUUUUGAUGUACGAAGUUUGCAAAUCAGCUAAGUUUGCUUCUGCAAAAUUGAGUCAGAAAACAGCUCUUGAAAGAUACCAUUCUGCCCGUAUGAUUUUGGUAAUGGCCGUGUUAUAUUUCAUAGUCGGCGCACCAGGCGGUGUCCUUAAUUUUCUCACACUUUUCGUGGAAAUAGACUUCGGUUCGAUUCUUAUCAUACUUGUCACCUAUGCGCCUGUAUACAUGUCAACUUUAUUUUGUUUCAACGCAAUGUCCCACUUGAUCAAUUUCUCAAUGUCCUCCAAUUACAGAAGAACAGUGAAGGAGAUGUGGUAUUUUGGAAAAAGUAAAGUAGUUGUCACCCCGGUGAAUUGA